CUCGCCCAGCUCUUUGUCAUAAUUAGCAUCACACAAAACAUUAACAUUCCAUUGAAUUCAAUUUCGAUGGCUCCUACCACUCUCACAGCUCUUGCACAAGAGAAAACCCUUAAUGCCAAAUUCGUUCGCGACGAAGAUGAGCGUCCUAAGGUGGCCUACAACCAGUUUAGCAAUGAAAUUCCGGUGAUUUCACUGGCCGGAAUCGAUGAAGUUGAUGGCAGAAGGGCUGAAAUUUGCAAGAAAAUUGUUAAAGCAUGUGAAGAUUGGGGUAUUUUUCAGGUUAUUGAUCAUGGUGUUGACACUAAGCUUAUAUCUGAUAUGACUGGACAUGCAAGAGAUUUUUUCGCUUUGCCUCCGGAAGAGAAGCUCCGGUUUGAUAUGUCCGGCGGCAAGAAGGGCGGAUUCAUUGUCUCCAGCCACCUCCAGGGAGAAGCAGUUCAAGAUUGGCGUGAAAUUGUGACAUACUUUUCAUACCCAAUUAAGAACCGAGAUUAUUCACGGUGGCCCGACAAGCCAGAAGGAUGGAGAGAUGUAACAAAGGAGUACAGUGAGAAAUUGAUGGGUGUUGCAUGCAAGCUUCUUGAGGUUUUAUCUGAGGCCAUGGGAUUAGAGAGGGAAGCUUUAACUAAAGCAUGUGUGGACAUGGACCAAAAAGUUGUGGUCAAUUUCUAUCCGACGUGCCCAGAACCCGAUCUCACCCUUGGACUAAAACGCCACACCGAUCCAGGAACCAUCACACUCUUGCUUCAAGAUCAGGUCGGUGGACUCCAGGCCACUCGAGAUAACGGCAAUACUUGGAUCACCGUUCAACCUGUUGAAGGAGCUUUUGUGGUCAACCUUGGUGAUCAUGGUCAUUAUCUGAGCAAUGGGAGGUUCAAGAAUGCGGAUCACCAAGCAGUGGUGAACUCAAACCGUAGCAGAUUAUCCAUUGCAACAUUUCAGAACCCAGCACCAGAAGCAACAGUAUACCCACUGAAGAUCAGAGAAGGGGAGAAGCCGAUACUGGAGGAACCAAUCACAUUUGCAGAGAUGUACAGGAGGAAGAUGAGCAAGGACCUUGAGCUUGCCAGACUAAAGAAAUUGGCCAAGGAGCAGCAGUUGCAAGACUCUGAGAAAGCCAAAUUGGACGCCCAGCCCAUAGAUAAGAUCCUUGCUUAACUUAUCUCUACCAAUUUCCUAUAUAUUUUGCUUGUAUUUGAAUUCUGUAUGACUUGGUGAAGUUGUGUAAUUGUUUGUCAGUGACCCAA